CUACGAUUCAGACAGCUAACGUUAACCGUUUUGACGUGAAAACAUUAAACUUCCGUUUUGAGUCUGGCUAACUCAUUCUGCAACUUGACUUUAUGUUGGCCACAUAUCAGCAAAGUAACGUUAGUCAACGCAUCCUAAUCUUCAGCAACCUUCCCUAUUAGUGAUUUAAAGAACCAAGCUUAACGCUAGCUAACGGUAGCGUUAGCAAAGCAGCUCCUGGUAUGGCGGAGGUUCCCGGGACAUCAAGUGAAACGAUAACGGAGACUGUUGAGACUAACACACCGCCGCCGCCCCAGCAGGAGGGACGAAGCCUGACAAUAAAGCUGAGGAAGAGGAAGACUGAGAAGAAGGUGGAGUGGUCCAGUGACACUGUAGACAAUGAGCACCUGGGAAGAAGGUCUUCAAAAUGCUGCUGUAUUUAUGAGAAGCCCCGACAGUUCGGAGAGUCGUCCUCUGAAAGCGAGGGAGACGAUGAUGAUGAAGGGUGUGGCAGUGCUCACUGUAUCCUGGGCCAUGGCAGGAGAGGCCCUGGACAGAGAGAGGGCGGGGGGACCACAGUGCCCCCAAACUCUGGAGGGUCACACACCCACUAAUUAGCACUGCAGGCUGAUUGUGGGCUCUGAGGGGGUUCUCACCACAAUGACAGAUUACAAAACUGCACUCUUUUUUUAGUUUAGUUCCACCACUGAGGUACAGGCAGACCUGAUGCUGCGUUCCAGUCAUGGGUCAGAAACUCCAGUUACUUCAGUAGGAUUACAGUCUGAAAAGCAAAGAGCAACAUGGAUUAUUUAAUUAACCCGAUAGAAAAUCCUGCUUUCCUUUCAAAAACUAAAAGCAUGCUCAGUAUUGUACCAACUGACACACGGAAUGGAGUGAUGACUUUUAAAGUCUUUAGGAAGGGGACAUGCUGUAAUGAUGAUAGAAUUUUAAGGGCCAUGCCGGCCUGUUAGCAUGUUUUAGCCCUUUUGCUAUAAAUCCCACACAGUAUGCAUCACUGCUAAGCAUUUUCCAAAGCAUUUCGUAGAAUGGUACAAUUUGAAAUCCUUUCCUUUUUUCCAGGCAUCUAUUGGUUUCCGUUCAUUUCACUGUGCUAUGAAAAUAAACUUAACGUUUGUAAUCCAUCACAGUGAAUAUCCUGUUUGCUUUUAUUUUUGCAGGUUAAAGCCCAAAGGUAUUCACUUUACAAAUAAAUACCAGUGUAUUCACAUAUUGGCACAUUUUUCUGAUUAAACAAUUCAAACUAUUGUCAACCAUGUCAGGGCUGCACUGCAUUCAACAGCUAAAACACAUUUGAUAUUGUGCCAACUGACAUAAUUACCAUGGAAUGAUAACGGUAGGUGUUUAACCCUUUGACGUACAGAUCGAAGGCCAUGCAGCUGAUAAGAUAACUGGACUAAUGGGCCAGAGUUUUUGCAUGUUUAUGCCUGUGUUCACCCUUUUACUUCAAAUCACAUUUAUGUACAUUACAUAACUGCUGACUGUUUUCAGGCAGUGAUAGUGUUGAAGAGCUCCACGUCUCUUAAACGUACGUAUUUUAAACUAUAGUAAAAUGAACGAAAACCAAUGGCUGCCUAUUAAAAAAACUAAAACCGGUCAGUGCUUUGGAAAAUGGUCAUCAGCAGCAGGAAUGUGAUCUGUCUGUAGCUAAAACACAUGAAAGCAGAGUUGACAAACAUUUGCCCAGACUCCGUGCUUGUGAUUCCAACAUGGCAAUGCCCCCAUCAUCAUACUGGACUUUCUGACUGGAAUGCAGCAUACAUGUUAGAAGCUUUGAGGAGAUGGUCAUAGAGAGGUCAUCCUAUGUUGUCUGGCGGUGUGUUUUUCCUUUUGACAAACUGGCUGGAGUUAUUUGUAUAUAAUACAGCACAUUGUUUUUUAUUUAUUUGCUGGUCUUUAUUCUAAAUAAUAAUUGCCAUAUAGUGGACCGCAGUCUGUGCAGUAGCAUUCUGAUGACAAAGCAUGUGUGAGCAACAGAAUAGAGAGGAUGGAAAACUGGACACCUACAAAGCUCUCCCCUUUAUAUUUAGUUGAGUGAGUAUUUGCUGUUACUGAUUUGUAGAGCAGUUUUAAAGUUUAUGCCAACUGUUGUGACAAUUGCUGACAGAACAUAUUACACAGGACUCCACAUGCUUCAGCACCAUCAGUAUCAUCUGUUAGAAGUAAUCAAUAUUAUAGAACCCUGCCCUGGCCCUGUUCUUCAUAUGUGGAUAACACAAGCCUUGUUUUAAACUUCAUCUAGAGCUGUUAGCGUACCAACAAGACCAUCAGCCCAAGCCUGCAAAAGGCGGCUUACUCACAGUUUGCUGUAUCGUGACUGAAAGCUUUAGAGGGAAGUCAUUCUCCGAUACAGAUAACUCAUUUCCUCAGAGAAAUGCUGAUCUAUUUAUCCUUUUAGAUGACAACAUGUAAAAUAUAAGAAAACACAUCACAUUUUUUAAUUCAAAACUUUAUCAACAAAUACCAAUAUAGGUGAUCAGUUUAUACAAACAAAUCAAAAGGACCAAGGCAGCCGGAUGAGAAUGAACAGAUCGUUGUUGCUGGGUUACCUGAUCAUCUGAGGUGUUUAACCAGAUGGAUGAUGAUCUAAAUGUUGAAGAUUUAACAUCAUCCAGGAUUUUCAGUUCUUCUGAGACAGAUCUUUGUGGAGGUGAUGUCAGAUCAACAAACCCUUCAGUAAAUAAGGUUUAAACACAUUCAGUGAUAAAUGGAGACGUCUCUGAAACGAACAUUAUUGAAAUAUCAAGAUCUGUGUUCAUCUCAAUAAACACAUAUGCAUGCUAAAAGUACUAUAAGAUGAAAUCAUUACGUUAAAAAUAACUUUGGUUGUAAGUACUAUAAGCAAAAGGAAUAAAUUCUUCUUCAAACAGUACAAUCACGAAAUAAGCAAACGCUGGAUGUAAGAGGUCAGUUUAUAUUAAACUAGAACCAGUCUCAAAAAUGAUCAGUCAGAUUACUGAACACAGUUCACAGAUUGAUCAUACAAAUCCAUGACUUGUUUUACACUGUCUUCACUACCAGCUGUUCAGUAGAGGUAUAGGCAGUCUAAGGUUUAAGUGUAAUUUAAUAAGUAAUACUUGUGCUGAUUCUACUUUUUACUCAUGUUGCUGUUAUGUCAAAAUAAUAGUUUGCUGUAACGAGUGGUUGGAUUUCUUUAUCUGGCUAACACCAUGUAAACCUGGAUUAGUUAACCUACGUAUGAAGGAUGGGGGACUGGGUAGUGACCCAUGUCUGUGGCCUCAAACUAAACAGACAGAAUCAUUCCCCUCCGUUUAGGCUGCAGUUAGCUCUCACCUUAUUGAUCACUUUGUAUUUAAUUUUGGAAUAGUAUUGGAUUGGAUGAAAUCUCAUAAAGAGAAGCGUAUUUUUAACUUGUAAAUCCUCUGCUGGUUUUCAUUUGCUUGAUUGUUUUUUAGUUAAUUCCAGUGUGUCCACUGGUUUUUAGAGUUGUUUCUUUGCAUAGGAUGGUAAUGAACGAAGUCAAACUGGUGGAUAGCAGAGUUGACAACACCAGUGUGAACAAAAAAGAGAAGUUAAUUUCUGUUAAUAUACUAAUUCGCUUAACUCUUUGGACGAAGCACCCAUAGGUUCUCUUUGAAUUGAGCUGCACGCCGGUCGUAACAAUUCUGCAGUUUGAUUAUUUCAACUCUGUUUAAAGACAAUGGCUAUUUUUGCUUUUCCUGCUGUGCUCUGCUGAGUGACUGACAUGUCAUUUCUGUGAGCAUUCUGAUUGGAGGGCCAUUCCUGACAGGCUGUAAAUAUGGAACUGGAUCACAGCUAAUGUGCUCUACAGGAGAGGAGACGUGCAUGACUGCUGGCCCGGGCUUUGUUCUCAUGUCUCAGCUAUGACCGAAACCCACCUGGUACAGGCUCCAUCGUCCUUCUCUUCUACAGUUUCACACCAUGUUUGUUAUGCAACAGUUGUGUGGAUUACACUCAGUUCAUUUAUGCCACCACUUUCUGUACACACCUCUUCACACACUGAUAUUGUUACAUAUGUACAUUGUUCUUGUACUGGUAAUGCACCUUUCUGUAUAUACUAUUAAACAUAAUGAAAGCAGAUAUAAUCUGAAUUAAAGUUUUGAACUGUGA